GCCACACCCCCGCACACAUCUCAAAGUCUGUUCAAGAACGUUUUGGGAAAACGUACGAAGUACAAACUGUUCUGCAGCGUAGCAAACGUUCAAGCAAACUGAACGUACCCCUGGUUUAGGGCCAAGUUGGAACAAAAUCCGGUCAUUGACGGAGCGAGAUUGUUUUGACAGACACCGAAGGUACGCGAUUUUAGCCGUCCGAUGACCAGCUGACAGCGCACUGCACCGCAACAUGGACCACAUGUCGUCGCCUGUCAGGUUACGUAGCAGCUUCAAACCUGUUGUCCAGUCUGUCUAUUGAGGAGCCAGAGGAUGCAGAGCUGGCCUACACCAUGAGAGACCUUCCCCCCACCCCCCCACCCCGGGGUGCAUCUGUGGACCAAAACACAACUCCGGGAUGCCACACACCUGUCGUUGACCGAGAACCAGAAGGAACUGGGCUUGAGAUGGGGCGAUCCCCUCACACCCCAGGAGGGACACCCCUGCUUUCUCGGCCCUCCCCUAGUGGCCCCCCUCCCUUCACCCCCCCCAGGACCAAACGUGCCCCCCUGGAGGGAGAGUUUGAGCCGCUGAAGUUGAGGAAGUACCAGCUGACCUCUAUGGGGUCGCGGUCCAUGGACUCCUCCCCUCAGUCCCGACCACGCAGCCCCUGGGGAAACUUUGACCCUUACGACUCUGCAGAGGACAUGGACAGGGAGUAUGUGGGCUUUGCCACUCUACCCAACCAGGUACACAGGAAGUCAGUCAAAAAGGGUUUUGCCUUCACCCUCAUGGUAGCAGGAGAGUCUGGUCUGGGUAAAUCCACUCUGGUCAACAGUCUGUACCUUACAGACCUCUACAACAACAGGAAGGUGCUGAAUGCAGAGGAGCGGAUCGUGCAAACAGUGUUCAUCACCAAACACACCGUGGGUAUCGAGGAGAAGGGGGUCAGACUCAGACUCUCCAUCGUAGAUACACCAGGGUUUGGUGACGCUGUCAACAACACAGAGAGCUGGAAAGAGAUAGAGGACUACAUUGACCAGCAGUUUGAGCAGUACUUCAGAGACGAGAGCGGCCUGAACAGAAAGAACAUCCAGGAUAACAGAGUCCACUGCUGCCUCUACUUCAUCUCUCCCUUCGGACAUGGUCUGCGGCCGUUGGAUGUGGAAUGUAUGAGGGCUCUGCAUGACAAAGUGAACAUAGUCCCUGUUCUGGCCAAAGCUGACAGCCUCACACCCACUGAGGUCCGCAGGAAGAAGAUGAAGAUCCGAGAGGAGAUGGAGAAGUUUGGCAUCAACAUCUACCAGUUCCCAGACUGUGACUUUGAUGAAGAUGAGGAGUUUAAACAGCAGGAGCAGCUGCUCAAGGACAGUAUUCCUUUUGCUGUAAUAGGCAGUAACAUCCAGGUUGAGAGUAAAGGACGCAAGUUCAGAGGUCGGCUCUACCCCUGGGGUGUAGUGGAAGUGGAGGACCCGGCCCACAGUGAUUUCCUGCUGCUGAGGAACAUGUUGGUGAAGACUCACAUGCAGGACCUGAAGGAUGUCACCAGAGAGACACACUACGAGAACUACAGAGCACAGUGUAUACAGAACAUGACACGCAUGGUGGUGCAGGAGAGGAAACGCAGCUUGCGUGAUAAGAUUCAGAGUGAGAGCAGCGCUGACUUCCCCAUGACCCCACUCCCACUGGCCCCUGUAGACCGCGAGACAGAGAGGCUCAUCUGGGAGAAGGACGAGGAGUUGAGGAGGAUGCAGGAGGUGUUGGAGAGGAUCCACGAGCAGAUGCAACAAGGACAGAAACCAGACUACUGAUUUACCAACAAUCCUCCUGGGCCUCUGAGGUCCAUUCCCGUAGACACCUAGAAAAGGGAAGGAGGGAAUUUGCAUCAGAGGAAGAAACGUGACAACCUCACUCAAACCAGCACCAUUCUCCUCAUUGGUGUAUCAGCCUUCGAGGUCUCCAUGGCGAUGAGAUGGGGCAGGAAUCCUCUGCAUCUGAAUGUUCUGAACCCAUGUCGUUUUUGUUCCCGGAGAAAUAUGGAGGUCCUGUAAACGUUGUUAGUAAUGCUGUGGCCUAGUCUUGAUUACCGACAUACCCGAGGUGUCAACUUAGACCGUUGAAGUGUCAGAAAGAAAGAAGCAGCACAAACAGUGUGUAGCAAAUGUAAUAUGAUUUAUUCAUAAUCUUCAUUAUUAUUUGUUUUCAUCAUACUUUUGUCCUAAUGAAUAGUUUGUAGUACUGUUGUUAUCUUUAAACAUGGUGGACAGUUGGAUCCAAAAGGCAGCCCAAAGUGUACAGGCGAUAUAUAACUUCAACUUUCUCCAUAGGGAAAACAUCUGUGUUUUAUAUUUAUAUAUAUAAUAACAUUGUAGCAUGAGGUCCAAGAUCCUGCCCACAUCAUACAAUAUUGUACAUGGUCCCAGAAAGAAACAUACAAAAAAAAAAAAACUACAUUGAAACGGAACCUAAAUCGCAAUCUACAUGCAAGGUUAAAGAGUAAAAUACACACAUGUAUAUGCAAAACAACGUGCAUACAAUCA